UCAGGUAGGUAUUUGAGUGCUUUCUGUCUCAUCUGUUCGAUGACAAAAUUUAGUAACACCUAUAAUCUACAUGCAUCUUAUUUUUUUGAAGUAAUCGAUGGUGAAUUGAUUUGCAGGAUAUAUUAAUUUUCUUUAUUUUCCACACUUCUGGUUCCUACAAAUAUGUCUGGUGGACACAAACAUCGUUACAAGAACGCAGGCUUGAGCGCAGAUGAGCUGCGUCGCCGCCGAGAAGAAGAAGGGGUACAACUGCGGAAACAAAAGAGGGAACAGCAGCUUUUCAAGCGUAGAAAUGUUAAUCUUCCAGCGCCCAAUGCACCAGAUAUUACUUUGCAGGAUGAUAUCAGUAUAUCACCAUCAGAUGACAUUACUCCAGCGAUGGUUGCAGCUCUCUAUGGGGAUAAUCCACAGGAGCAAGUUAUGGCAACCCAAAAGUUUAGAAAGCUUUUGAGUCAAGAGCCUAAUCCGCCAAUAGAUGAAGUGAUACGGACUGGAAUAGUUCCUAAAUUUGUGGAAUUCCUGACCAAUAGCACUAAUCCAACAUUGCAGUUCGAAGCAGCGUGGGCACUGACGAACAUAGCGUCAGGAUCUUCGGAACAAACGCGCGUGGUGGUAGAAUGUGGCGCGGUUGGCGUGUUGGUGGCGUUAGUGGCGGGCGGCGCGAGUGACGAUGUGCGCGAACAAGCCGUGUGGGCACUCGGCAACGUGGCCGGCGACUCGCCGCGCUGUCGGGACACCGUGCUCGCUGCUGGCAUACUGCCGCCGCUUUUAGAGAUAUUAAAUAAGUAUACCAGGUUAUCGAUGACGAAGAAUGCUGUUUGGACACUUUCAAAUUUGUGUAGAGGCAAAAAUCCCCCUACGAACUUUGAAGCUGUUGCACCAGGUAUCCCAGUUUUAGCGCGGUUGUUACAUCACACUGAUGCAGAUGUACUGAGCGACGCUUGUUGGGCUCUCUCCUAUCUAUCUGACGGACCUAACGAGAAGAUACAGUCGGUGAUCGAUGCUGGAGUUUGUAGGCGACUUGUUGAACUACUUAUGCACAAUAAAUCGACGGUGGUAUCGGCGGCGCUGCGGGCGGUGGGCAACAUCGUGACGGGCAACGACGCGCAGACGCAGGCCGUGCUCAACUGCAACCCGCUGCCCAACCUGCACGCGCUGCUCCGCUCCAGCACCGAGGCGCUGCGCAAGGAGGCCUGCUGGACGCUCUCCAACAUCACCGCCGGCAAUGCGGCGCAGAUACAGGCAGUAAUAGACGCCAACAUCUUCCCAGCACUAAUUGAAAUUUUAAGGCAAGCUGAAUUCAAGACGAGGAAAGAAGCGGCUUGGGCAAUAACGAACGCGACUAGUGGAGGCACUCAUGACCAAAUUAGAUAUUUAGUUGAACAAGGUUGUAUACCACCUCUAUGUGACUUAUUAACAUUAACGGACGCUAAGACGGUCCAAGUUGCUCUAAAUGGAUUAGACAAUGUAUUAAAAGCUGGCCAACAAUCUGAUCAUCGUGAUAAUCCGUAUGCUGUACUAAUUGAGGAGUGCUUUGGUUUGGAUAAGAUAGAAUUUCUUCAGUCACACGAAAAUCUGGAUAUUUAUCAAAAAUCUUUUGAGAUUAUCGAGAAUUACUUUGGAUCUGAAGAAGAGGACGGCAGGCUUGCGCCUACGGUGUCGUCGACUACGGACCAAUAUCAGUUCAGCGCCGACCAAUCUGUUCCAAUGGGUGGCUUCCAAUUCUAACCUAGGCUUAUUAUUCUACUUUAUUAUGCUGACCGUGCAGUGAGUAUACUUGUGAUGUUUUGUAUAAUUUAUCGUACUUUUAAAGUCUCAAUUUAUAAAUUAGGUAAAAAAGUAAUCAAUGCUUCUCUAUAUUUUAGUUAUCAUCGUUUUAUGAAUCAAGUGCAGCAUCGUAUAUUCAUGUUUAAUUAUAUUCUCGAAUUGUAUGUAUUUAAUAUUUAUAUAUUAGCGUUAAUAUUUAACAUGGACAUUAUAUUAUAGCCUUUACCCUAUUGGCAAAUAGGACAGUGUCGUAAAAAUCGAAGUUGAGACAGGCACUCCUUCGUUUGUGUUGUGAUAAGAAUAAAAGAAAAAAAGUUAAAAAAAGAAAAUGUUAAAGUAUGUAUCAGUGCUUUCUAUUUUUUUUUCUCUUUAGCAUAAAUAGUGUAAAUGUUACGAAAUUCGUAAAAAAAACUGCCUUACGAACGAACGGCAAUCGGCAAAUUAACGUGCUAAUAUUAUCGAUACUUGUGAUUAUAUUUAUUCAUGUAAACUCUGCCUUUUAGUUUAUGAUCAAUUUUCGCAACAUACAAUGUAGGCCCAUUUAUAGUGGUGUAUUAAUUCAUAACUUGACGAUAAGUCAGUAAAACCUAGCCUAUAUUAAAAUAAGACAAAUGUAGAUAGCGCCGCAUGUAAAUCCUAAUAAUAAUUUUAAAUAUUCUCUGAAUGCAAUAAUUAUCAUAGUUAACGUAGAAUUAGUGUGCAUUGCCAGGAUUAGAUAUGGUGUGGGAAUUUCAAGGAUUUUAUAUCAAAUUCCAUAUUAAACUUUUCCCUCAUUAGAAACCAAUUUUGGCACUAUUAUACAGUCUGGCAAGCUUGUUAAAGACACUCCCAUCGUCCACGCUGGUGUGCGGGGGACGUGACGUCGUAAUAGUCAGAGGGUUGCUCUCAUGUGCUUCCAUAAAACUAAAACUAUUCUAUGUUCUAUGUGACAGAUGACAGGAAUAAAAUUAGUUAUUUAAAUAUUUAAAUACUUCUCUACGACCUCGAAACUGUACUCGUUUACUGAAUUUGCUAAAAAAUGAUUGCAAAUUGCUGCAAACAUUUCGUAAUACCAUAUUUUCUUUCUGUCCUGCUAUCGAAAAAAAAUCUUUUGAAAUAAUACACAUUUUUGGAGUAAUUGGGAACCCACGACUGGCAGUCCUGUCAGCUGCCUACAUCCCGUUCCCCGCAUGGACCAUGCAAGUGUCUUUAACGAGCUCGCCAGACAUUGAUCUGAUAGCAAAAUAACAUUUAAAAAAUGUUUGAAAGAUAAUAACCCUCUUUGGCUGUGCCAAUAAGACCUGAGAAAGUACAUAAUAUAAUACUUUCUCAAGGCUGCUAUAUAUUUCCAAAAAUUCGAAAGAUUAUGUAUUCAAUGAUUUAUCCAUAAUCUAUCGCCUCGAAUGGCUGAAAGGAGUCAUCAAUUAUUUUUUACCCAUGUAGGUAGCCCCAGUCCGUAUUGCUUUUCACGUCUCAAAAAAGUAUGAGCUUUGUCAUAUUAUAAAUAAAUACUGACCUGUUUAGUUGAUUCGGAUGAAUGGUGUGUACACCUACUGCCGCGUAGCCGUACUGACCAAAUUAUGCUUUAUAAUGUAAUGUAUCGUAUAGUGAACACUAAAACGUGUCAUUAAUUGAAUUAUAGUUGAAAUUGUUAACGCUGAUUUGCUCUUCUGAAAUUGAAUAAUGCUUUUUACUUAAAUUCCAUUCUACUCAUUUGUAUCUUUCAAUACUACAAUUAAUUCCUGAUUGGUUGAUUACAAUGCAAUAGAGUGUUAAAUGUACAUUUAAGUCGGUGAAAUAUACUAAGUACUAGAAAGGUUGUGUCAAAAUAAAAUCUUGGGAUUUUUCGAUGACCACACAUAAAAUCUGUUUUAGAUCUCAUUUGAUUUUUAUUGGGAAGGAGAUGUAGGCAUCUAGUACAUAGUAAUGUGGCCUCUGUUGUUUAAAUUGUCUUGCGGGAGAUAGCUCUCACUAAAUAUUUACAUGUAUAAAACCAGCGUGUUGCUCUAUGGUGAUUCAAGAAAAUUUCUUUUUUCAGAUAUCUAUGUGUAUACAGAAGUGGGUAGUAUCUACAACUACGAUAAAAUGUUUUCUGAUCAAACCUAUCUACACGAUGUGUAUGUAAUUAUAUUAUGCACCCAUUAUGUAUAGAUUUUAUUAAUUUAUAUAGUUAACAAAGGAAUUCGCCUUCUUAUUUUUUUACUGUAGAUAAUGGCGUAUCUAGUUCAUUUAUUUUGUAGUAUGUAUUUGUUGGCCUUCUCAAGCUUUUGUUACUAAAAUAAUUAAACUUGUAUAUUGUUA